UUCGUUCAUCCAUUCAUUCAUCAUCCACUUCUUCACACACCAAAACACACACACACACACUAUUCUUUCGCUCCAAUUUCAAUGGAGAAACCAGCACAUAUCGCCAUUGUACCCAGCCCAGGGAUGGGCCACCUCAUCCCAUUGGUUGAAUUCGCCAAAAAACUUACAUCCCAACACAAUCUUUCUGCAACUUUCAUCAUCCCAAACGAAGGCCCAUUAUCCAAAUCACAGAGUGAGUUUCUUGAUUCACUACCAAAUGCCAUCAACUACACCCUCCUCCCACCUGUAAACUUUGAUGAUUUGCCUCAAGAUGCCAAGAUUGAGACCCGAAUAAGUCUCAUGGUGACCCGAUCCGUUACUGCUCUCCAUGCAACCAUUAGUUCCAUGAUGGCAGACAAAAACAUUGUUGCUUUGUUUGUUGAUCUGUUUGGAACAGAUGCUUUCGAUGUCGCGAUUGAAUUCGGUGUUCCACGUUAUCUUUUUUUCCCAGCAUCCGCCAUGAUUUUGUCUUUGUGUCUUCAUCUUCCAAAGCUUGAUCAAAUGGUGUCAUGCGAGUAUAGGGACGUGCCCGACCCGAUUCAGAUACCGGGUUGUAUACCGAUUCAUGGUAAGGACCUGCUUGACCCGCUUCAGGACCGAAGUAAUGAUGCAUAUAAAAGGGUUUUGCAUAAUGCAAAGAGGUAUCUCAUGGCUGAUGGCAUAGUGGUAAAUAGCUUCAAGGGGUUAGAGAGUGGAGCGAUUGAAGCUUUACAACUAGAGGAACCUGGUAAGCCGCCCAUUUACCCGGUUGGACCAUUGAUACAGUCCGGGUCCGUUGAGUCAAAUAAGGGUGUAAACGAGUCAAGCUGUUUAAAAUGGUUAGAUGGUCAGCCAUGUGGGUCUGUAUUGUACAUAUGUUUUGGGAGUGGUGGGACCCUUUCUUCUGAGCAAGUCACUGAGUUAGCCAUGGGUUUGGAGUUGAGUGAGCAAAGAUUCAUAUGGGUGGUUAGAACCCCAAAUGAUAUAGCGGAUGCUACCUUCUUCAAUAGUCAUGGCCAUGAGGGCAGUUUUGACUUUUUACCAAAAACGUUUCUAGAAAAAACUAAAAAUCAUGGGUUGGUGGUGCCUAACUGGGCACCACAAGCCCAAAUAUUGAGUCAUCGCUCAACAGGAGGGUUUGUAACUCAUUGUGGUUGGAAUUCGGUUCUUGAAACUAUAGUUCAAGGGGUACCGAUGAUUGUUUGGCCACUAUAUGCAGAACAAAAGAUGAAUGCUUUAAUGUUGGCCGAGGGUCUGAAAGUUGCUAUGAGAGCUAAGUUGAAUGAAAAUGGAAUUGUGGAUCGUUUAGAGAUUGUUCGGGUUUUCAAGGGUUUAUUGGAAGGUGACGAAGGGGAAGCAAUCCGAAUUCGGACUCAAGAGCUUAAAGAAGCGGCUCUAAGCGCGCUUAGCAAUGACGGUUAUUCGACAAAAACACUAGAUCAACUAGCUUUCAAGUUAAAAAACAAAAUUUAGUGGUUUUCAUGUGAUAAUAGGUAAUGUGGCAACCUUGUUUGAAUCAGUAUUAUUAUGAUUCUAUCUUCUUUUUUAGCAACUGGCUUUCAUGAUUUUCAUAUGAUUAUAGGUACUCUACUUUUUUUUAAAGUUACAGGUACUCUUUACUCGAUAUGUGAUGGUUGAGUACUCAAGAAAAUAUUAAAUAUGUUUUUUGUUUGAGCCUCUUA